AUGUACCCAAAGUGGACGGAUAAAUGGAACGAGAACUUCGAUAUCUUCUGUAACCAAAGUGGAAAUCUCCAAGCGCCCGUUUUCCAAAGUCGCGCGGAGCAGGUGACCUGGAACGUUACUGGAUGGCUCCUCGCCUGGCGAAACUUGAUGUCUCCACCAGUUGAGAGCAUAAAGUUUCAUUGCCACGAGAAUCAAUAUUAUGACUUGGAACAGGGGGAGGAGACUAGCUUGACUUUGAAGUUCCACGAAGACCAGAAUCACUAUCUAUCACUCCCACAGCCCACCGAGGAGUAA